GACAUACGCUCUUGCAUCUCCGUAUUUCGUAGUGAACUCGCCAUCAGGUCGGAUCAUCCGCAGCCUAAGUGGCCAUCGUUCAGAGAUCGAUCAUUGGAGCGGCGACGUGUGAUACGUGCUCCGAAAGGAAUUCUACUCUUAGCCGUAAGUCAUUGUUCAAGAUGGCACCAAACAUGUUUGGUUCAUCGGCAACCUUGUACUUGGAAACGUCCCACCAAGAGAAAUCGGCGACAGAAAAGGCGAGCAACCAGACGCUGCAAUCCCAAAAAUCAUCGACCCAAUCGAAAUAUAAAUGGAGAAUCGUUUGGAGGAACGUGAUCGCGUUCGUCUAUCUUCACCUUGCAGCUGUGUACGGAAUUUAUCUUAGCUUCACGGCGAUAAAGCUGCAAACAACUAUGUGGGCAAUCUUUUUGGCCAUAUUCGGAGGGAUGGGCAUUACGGCUGGUGCUCAUAGACUGUGGGCCCACAGAACUUACAAAGCGAAAUGGCCAAUGCGUUUCAUGCUGAUGAUCAUGCAGACAAUUGCUUUCCAGAAUCACAUUUACGAGUGGGUAAGAGAUCACAGAGUUCAUCAUAAAUUCACGGACAGCGACGCGGAUCCGCAUAACGCAAAGCGAGGAUUCUUCUUCUCGCACAUUGGCUGGCUUCUGCUCCGAAAGCAUCCGGAUGUGUUGAGAAAGGGUGCCACCGUUGACAUGACCGAUUUGGAGAGAGAUCCCAUCGUUCUUUGGCAGAAAAAGUUGUACAUCAUACUGGUGCCACUCUUCUGCUUCAUACUUCCUGUCUGGGUACCCUGUUAUUUCUGGAACGAGACGUUAUACUAUUCCUGGUACAGCACUCUGUUCAGAUACGCGUUUUCCUUGAACGGAACGUGGCUAGUGAACUCUGCUGCUCAUAUAUGGGGCUAUAAACCCUAUGACAAGAACAUCGGCCCGACUGAGAACAAAAGCGUGGCGAUAAUUGCGUUCGGCGAGGGAUGGCACAAUUACCACCAUGUGUUCCCGUGGGACUACAAAGCCGCCGAAUUCGGCGACUACAACAUGAACAUCACGACCGCGUUGAUCGACUUCUGUGGCCGAUUGGGACUGGCGUACGACAUGAAAACUGUCCCGGUUGACGUGAUCAAAAGACGAGCGAAAAGAACCGGCGACGGAACGAGGUAUGGCGGAAACGAGGAUUCUCAGAGUCACGGUGAUCACCACAAUCACGAGGACAUGAAAUGGGGCUGGGGCGACGUGGAUAUGAAGCCGGAGGAAAUCCAGGAGGUGCACAUCAUCAACAAGAGCGAUUAAUCGAUCGAUCGUUCACGCUAGAUAUCAUGGAAAUCGGGUUCGCAUGGAUGGUCGCUAAUUGCGAGGCGAUCAAUCGUUCACAACGUCAAUUAAAUAUCCAUUAUACAUCCUAUUGGUGGUUUGUGGUUAUCCGUGAAGGGUCGGCUGUCUGAUCGAAAUUGUCUCGCUCUGUUAGAAACAAGUCGGCAGGCUUGAGAGAAUUAAAACUGAAGCAAAGAAAGAAUUGAAAAAACUAUAAACCGUAAGAAGAGGAAGUGGAUUAAACUGCAGAUUUUUACUAGAAGAAUGAAUAAUAAAACAGCCAAGAUAUGUUUUAUUAUAAUUUCCAGAUAAAUAACAGUACUAUUUUUGAUGGAUAAUUAAUCAACAUUACUAGAAAAAUGAAUAAUAAAACAGUCAAGAUAUGUUGUAAUUUCCAGAUAAAUAACAGUACUAUUUUAAAUGGAUAAUUAAUCAACUUUACUAGAAAAGUGAAUAAUAAAACAGCCAAGAUAUGUUACAAUUUCCAGAUAAAUAACAGUACUAUUUUAGAUGGAUAAUUAAUCAAUUUUACUAGAAAAAUGAAUAAUAAAGCAGCCAAGAUAUGUUACAAUUUCCAGAUAAAUAACAGUACUAUUUUAAAUGGAUAAUUAAUCAACGAUUUAAAAUUUCUUUAAACUCUGUUUUCUUAAAUGUGUCUUAAAUGAGUUUCCGUAGAAAUUCGCAGUUUAAAAGGGUGAAGGAAAAGGGGAGAGAGGGUAUCUUACGAAUUUUCUGGCAGCAGUCGACUCUUCACUCGCGGUAUCGGAUUCAAUUCGUGGCCUUCGCGAUCGUCGCGAGCCUUUUACUUUUUCGUAUUCUCGAGCGUAUGAACAGUGUCGAUCGAUUAGCCUCACCGGCUCAACGUUUGUGUACGAAAUCAUAUACGCUGGUGGAUUGUGAUGUGUAUCGAGCGACGUAAAUUUUUAUCGUAACCAAAGCAACUAAGGUAACUUGUAUAUCGAUUGAUCGACUGUAGUUCUUGGAUCCACAGAUGGACGAGGCACAUCUACGCGCUGGUGAUCGAAUCUUGGCGAUCGUUGAGCCUGGGAUCAUGCGAAAAUUUCUCUUCUCUUCUCGUCCAGCUGUGAUAAGUGGAACGAGACUGUCAGAGACUGGCACGACGCUCGUUUGUUGUUUCUCUCUCUGCGUCUUUCCGCUUGUAAACGCGUUGCUAUAUAUAUAUAUAAAAUUCCUGUCGCGAAUGGUAGACACCAUAUACGUGUAAUAGAAGAACGUGAUUGAUUGUGUGUCGUGCUGUAUGAUGCGUGAUUGUUCGUCGUAAAUAGACUGCGCAUCUUUGUGCAGAUUUAUAUAUUCUCGCAUAUAAAUGCGAUUAAAGAAAAAAAAGAAAAAUCGAUGAAGAUGGCAAUGAUAAUAUAGUAUGUUACUUUGGUUAUUUUGCGUAUUUGCGUGCGAAAAUUUCACACUUAAUAGGAAUCCUGAAUCUUGUAAUGACACCUGAUCGAAAAUUCAAUUUUUGCACAAUACACGCUGAUCGUUUGCUAGAGAAAUCGUAGCGUUCAUAUAUCUGAAUUUAGAAAUACGGUAGAUAGGAUCCACUCUGCGCAUGAAAGAUUUUUAACUAUGGUAAUUCCUCAAGGAUCAGACACGCACACUCCUCGUAAAGCUACGAAGUCACAGUCGAGAUUUCCAUUAGAACUUAACGGGGACUAAAAUAUUUCAGUUAUUCUAAUCAAGAUGUCAAGACGUCGAGAAUCAAGAAUAAUUAAAAGAAAAAAAAGAUCACUAAUGUUUUUUUAAAAUAAAAUCACGUACAAUAUACGCGCACAUGUUACGCACAGGAUCAUCGAAGAUCUACAGAAUACGUACAAGUAUUUAAAGCAAAAAUGUCUUUACGGAUAUUAACGAAUUUUCUAGUUAAACGUUCGCCAAUUCUCAAAUAUUUUAUAUAUUUUCAGUUACAUGAAUGAAAGCAAAGAUCAAAGAAAAUAUAUAUAAUUACCACGUGUAAUCAUAGUCUGAUUAUAAUCGUGAUAACAACAAGAAACAUCUCUACUUUAACUUAAAA